AUGGAAGAAUUUUCAGCGCCAGAGGAACGGGCAGCUAUUCGUACCUUGGAAGAACUUCUCCGAGAACAAGACACACCACAAGACCAACAGGUACCAUCCUGCAUAAAGAAGUGUUCCCAAAAAUUUCCCUCUUUAUCAUUAUACCCUCCUGUAGAAUUAUUUGUCAAACUAGUUACAAAACUAUUUGAAUCCUUUCUUGACACAAUUGUGCAGGAUAAUUUAACCAAGGAACAGUGCAAAUCAUUGAAACAUUUACGCAGUCUAAAUUAUGUGGUGUAUACAUCUGUGGACAAAGGUGGAAAUUUUGUGAUAUGGUCCAAAAAAAUGUAUGAGGCCGAAGUCUAUUGCCAACUUCGAGAUCAGACAUGCUAUAAAAAGUUAACGUUCAAUCCAUUAUCUAAAUUUCAAUGUGAAUUACACUCUAUCUUACAUUCUGCUGUAUAUGGUAAUAUCAUCUCUAAAGAUCUAUCUGAAGCUUUGAGAGUCCCACACCCAGUGACCGCCACCUUAUGCCUACUACCUAAAGUGCACAAGAAUCCAACUAGAUCACCAGAUUUAUUGCAACGUAUCAAAGGCAUACAUCUGGAACCUGACACAUUAUUAGUGACCUGCGAUAUUGAAUCCCUGUAUACCAGCAUUAGACACACAGAUGGAUUGACUGCCACCAAAUUCUUUCUAACUUCCAGCAACUACAAACCAGAAAUGCAUAUUAUAAAAGCAGUACCGUAUGGACAAUAUUUACGAGCCCGAAGAAUAUGCUCAUCUGAAGAAAACUUCAAAAUUCAAGCUGAUGACCUACGAAAACGGUUCCGAAAUAGAAGCUAUAGCAACCAUAAUUUGAAGUAUGCUUACAAUAGAGCUAAACAGCAAUCACGUUAUCAACUUUUACAACCUAAACAGAAAAAGAACGAAGAUGACCAGAUUCUUCAGGAUCUAAGAAAUAUAGCAUCAGACGGAACAUAACAUGCUCAACAAAAACUGUUGUAUAUUAUGCAACUUGCCCUUGUUCAAUGAUCUAUAUUGGCCUAACGACUUGUGCUCUAAAGGUACGGACACGCAAACA